AGCCCUGUUUGCACUUGUUUUUGUUAUAAAAAUCGCUAAAAUUUAUGAAAAUAUAGAAAGUAAAAGAUGCCACCAACAAUAUUAAACAAUACGGCCGAUAAGCGGCCGCAAAGGCAAACGGAACGCAAGUCGGAAAUAAUUUGCCGCGUUAAGUAUGGCAACAGUCUGCCAGAUAUACCCUUCGAUCUGAAGUUCCUGCAAUAUCCCUUCGACAGUCAUCGCUUUGUUCAAUAUAAUCCCACAUCGCUGGAACGCAAUUUUAAAUACGAUGUCCUCUCCGAACACGACUUGGGUGUGACAGUGGAUUUAAUCAAUCGCGAAUUAUAUCAGGCUGAUUCGGUAUCCAUGUUGGAUCCCGCUGAUGAGAAACUACUAGAGGAGGAGACUCUUACGCCAACAGAUUCGGUUCGUUCGCGUCAGCAUUCUCGCACUGUGUCGUGGUUGCGCAAAUCCGAGUAUAUAUCCACGGAACAGACUCGCUUCCAGCCUCAAAAUCUUGAGAACAUUGAAGCGAAGGUCGGUUACAAUGUGAAGAAAUCCUUGCGAGAGGAGACACUCUAUUUGGAUCGCGAUGCCCAGAUCAAGGCCAUUGAAAAGACUUUCGUUGACACCAAGACUGAGAUCACCAAGCAUUACUCCAAACCCAAUGUGGUGCCGGUCGAGGUAUUGCCCAUAUUCCCAGAUUUCACCAAUUGGAAGUAUCCAUGUGCUCAGGUCAUAUUCGAUAGCGAUCCUGCUCCAAUGGGCAAGAAUGUUGUCGCUCAAUUGGAGGAAAUGUCUCAGGCCAUGAUUCGUGGUGUGAUGGACGAAAGCGGAGAGCAGUUUGUGGCCUAUUUCCUGCCCACAGAACAGACGCUGGAGAAGCGACGCACCGAUCUCGUUGCAGGCGAAUUGUACAAGGAUGACGAGGAGUAUGAAUUCAAGAUUGCCCGCGAAUACAACUGGAAUGUCAAGACAAAGGCAUCGAAGGGUUAUGAGGAGAACUAUUUCUUUGUUAUGCGUCAAGAUGGUAUCUACUACAAUGAAUUGGAGACGCGUGUCCGUCUCAAUAAGCGACGUGUUAAAAUUGGCCAACAACCCAACAAUACCAAGCUGGUGGUCAAACAUCGUCCCUUGGAUGCCAUGGAGCAUCGCAUGCAACGCUACCGUGAACGCCAAUUGGAAGUACCCGGCGAAGAUGAGGAGGAGGAAGUUGUGGAAGAAGACGAAAUGGAGGCUGACGAGGAGGAAACACAAGGACAAAAAACUCCGACCGCGGUUGAUGUACCCGCUGCUAAGGAGGCCUCGGAACCUAAGCCAUCCGCUGGUGGCGACACCCCAGCUCAGCAAGCUCGAGACCGCCAAUCAAGAUCACGUGAGCGCCAAUCACGUUCACGCACCCGCAGCCGCAGUGGCUCACGCAGUGGAAGUGGAUCACGCAGCGGUAGUGGUUCACGUAGUGGCUCUCGUUCUCGAUCGCGAUCUCGUUCAGGCAGUGGCAGUCGUUCUAGCUCGCCUGGUUCCGGCUCGGCAAGAUCCCGUUCACACACUCCAGCUGGUUCUCAGAAAUCUGGAAGUCGCAGCCCCAAAUCCAAGUCGAGAAGUCGUAGCCCUUCCGGCUCACGUUCUGGAUCAGGAUCGCGAUCGCCCACACGCUCUCGCAGUGGUUCACCCAGCGGAUCGGGUUCUAGUUCAGGCAGUGGUUCCGACGAAGAAUAACUCGGCUCUUCUAAUUAAAACAACUUUAAUUACAAAUAAAUAAUUAUAAAAACAAA